UAGAUGGCGCUACAAAGCCACGUCGACUUAUUAUUAUGUGGGCAAUCGCGAAAACUUGCCAAUGAUUGGUCUGGUUGAAGAGAUAAAUUGUAACGUUAAGAUUUAGCCAGGCACAGAAAGAUUCAAUGGCAAAUUACGAUUUCAUAACACAGAAUGAGGCGAGGGAUGGUGUUCGUUUUAGUUGGAAUGUAUGGCCAUCAAGUCGUCUGGAGGCUACUAGAAUGGUGGUGCCUCUCUCAGCUCUCUUCACCCCUCUGAAGGAGAGACUAGAUUUACCAUCAAUUCAGUAUGAUCCAGUCCUCUGUAGCAGAUCGACUUGUAGGGCCGUACUUAAUCCAUUUUGCCAAGUGGACUACAGAGCCAAGUUAUGGAACUGCAACUUUUGUUUUCAAAGAAAUCAGUUUCCCAACCAGUACAGAGGUAUAUCUGAACAACACCAGCCGGCAGAGUUGAUCAACCAGUUUACUACCAUCGAAUACACACUUGCUAGAGCUCCUUCUGCCCCUCUCAUCUAUCUGUUGGUUUUGGACACCUGUAUGGAAGAAGAGGACUUGCAAGCUCUCAAAGAAUCCCUUCAGAUGUCACUGAGUCUGCUGCCCCCUAAUGCCUUGAUUGGUCUCAUCACGUUUGGUCGCAUGGUUCAGGUCCAUGAACUAGGAUGUGAUGGAUGCUCUAAAAGCUAUGUCUUCAGGGGUACUAAGGACCUUACAGCCAAACAGAUACAGGAUAUGCUUGGUAUAGGACGCACACCAGCACAGGCUCAGAGGGGUAACCAACAACCGCAGCAACAGCAGCAACCACCUAUGAACAAAUUUCUUCAGCCUGUUCACAAGUGUGAUAUGAACUUGACAGACUUGUUAGGAGAGCUUCAAAGGGAUCCUUGGCCUGUCAAUGCCGGAAAGCGCCCUCUUCGGUCCACUGGAGUAGCACUCUCCAUUGCUGUUGGCUUGUUGGAGUGUUUGUUCCUGAACCAUGGUGCUCGUAUCAUGCUCUUCAUGGGUGGUCCACCCACCCAGGGGCCUGGAAUGGUAGUUGGUGAUGAACUCAAGACAACCAUCAGAUCACAUCAUGACAUUGAGAAAGACAAUGUGAAGUUCAUGAGGAAAGCAAUCAAGCAUUAUGAUGCCUUAGCCACCCGUGCUGCUAAUAAUGGCCAUACCAUUGACAUCUAUGCCUGCAAUCUGGAUCAAACCGGUCUACAUGAAAUGAAGAACUGCUGUAAUAUGACUGGUGGCCAUAUGGUGAUGGGAGAUUCCUUCGAUACAUCACUGUUCAAGCAGACUUUCCAGAGUGUCUUUUCCAAAGACCCCAAAGAAGAAUUCAAGAUGGCAUUUGGAGGAGUACUAGAAGUCAAGACAUCUCGUGAGAUCAAGGUAUCCGGUGCCAUCGGACCGUGUUCCUCCAUGGAUGUGAAGGGUCCCUGUGUAUCUGAUACAGAGAUUGGAACUGGUGGAACCUGCCAGUGGAAGUUCUGUGGACUCUACCCCAACACCACGGUGGCACUCUUCUUCGAGGUAGUCAACCAGGUGAGUGAUGUAAUCAAACUUUGUGUGCUGUUGUGCUAUGUUUCCAUCUAUGUGUCUUGUCCAGUAAUUGUCUCAGUUGCAGGAAGAGAAUAAAAGUUGUCACAUUCUGCUGCAUCAUACGCAUCACUUAUCAUUUACACUUUUACAAACUUGUAACCUGAUGGCUUACAUUUAGAUUUAUUAGCACUAACUGUGAUGCUGCCCUCAUGGUUCCAUUUUUUAUAAGGUUUAGUGAAAAAUUAGUAAAUGUCUUGACUGCUUUUAUCUUACAUACAUGUAUCUUGGCAAAUGUUUGAACUAAUAUAAUGAGAGGAAUUAAGUCAAAUGCAUUCACAUUCCCAUAUGUGUUCUUGUGGAUGAUGUUGUCUAGAGGGUUCUUAGGGUCAAAGGUCAUAUUUUGUUUCAUAGCUUGAAUGCACUCUGCCAGACUCAUACAUGUAAAAUGUUAUUGAUUUUUUUUUCAGAUUGUCUGUUUUUGUCCAUCAUGAUAAUAUACUUUGUGCAGAGAAUCCUGCGAUAUUCCCCUAAGAGUCUCAUACUCUAAAGGUUAUAUUUUAGAAUGAUGAAUUAUGACAUGCAUUCUCUCUACUGCUUGUUGAUAUUUUUAGGCAGAAAUCUAAAUUCUAUUUUUCUUGUUGUGAGAUUUUUGGUCAAAUCUGUAUUGCUGUUUUUUUUUUCAUCAUGGUCUAUGUCAGAUAAAAGAAGGUGGAUUAAGAAUACCUGUGUUGUGUGUUGAGAUGAGACUUUGCAUAUUAAAGCCCAGUGUCUUGUUUUGAAAAAGCAUGCAGGAAAAUUGCAGAACUUUGUGAUACCAUUCUUGAAGA